AUGGCAGGUGUCCAGACCAGAGCCACCAUGGUCGGCCACUUCUCCCUCGCAUCGGCCUUCCGCAACCUCUCUUUAUCGGCCCCGAAGCGCUCGUUCUCCACGACAUUCGCACCGCAAACCACUAAGACUCUCCCCGAACACAUCCCACCCUACCCCUUCGGACCCCGACAAUGGUACAAGCAAGCCGAUACCGGUCUCUAUGGCGGUGCCAUGAUCCGCUUCGGUAACAAAAUCUCCAAGGGUCGCAACGAGGGCAAGACACGACGAAACUGGAAGCCCAACGUUCGCCGCAAGAAGAUUCCCAGUGAGGCACUUGGCGAGGAUCUCUUCAUUAAGGUCACCCGCCGUGCCCUUCGAACAAUUAUUAAGGAGGGCGGUCUCGACAACUACCUCCUCAGCGACAAACCCGCCCGUAUCCAGGAGCUCGGCAUGUUCGGGUGGGAAUUGCGGUGGAAGGUUAUGCAGACCCCGGCUAUCCAGGAGCGAUUCCGGGAAGAGCGCAAGAGACUUGGUGUCCCGGAGCCCAAGUCAUUCGAGGAGUGGAUGAAGAGCAAGGAGGAGGAGAUCAACGCCAAGAUCGAGGAACGACUCAACAUCAAGCAGGUCACAAAGCCCCAUAAUAAGGGCAAGGCCGACCCUCAGAGGCUUGCCCAGCUUUCCCAGGCUGAAUCUACGGAAUAA